UCCGCUGUAACCACCGUAAUAAUCACUGGCAACUUGAAAACAUCGUUUUAGUGGCUACAAUAAUGAUAAUUCAGUCCAGUUACAGGGUUUUAAUGGACGCGAGCGCACUAAUGGUGCUGGUAUCGGCUUUUGAAGUUGCCUUGAGCGCCAAGUCUGGAUUAUCAAACAAAGCUAAGCUGAGUAUUGGCGUGCUGCUUGACGUCCGAUCUGUCCAUCUUCGGCAACUGCUGGAGGCAAAGAUGGGCGAAACGAAGGAGGAAAGCAGUCUCGUGUUUCAACCACACAUCUCCACUGUCGACAUCACCGACAGCUUUGCCGUCAGCAACGCCAUGUGUGAUCUAAUAACAAAGGACGUCGUCGCGAUCAUCGGUGUGACCAACGCCUCAUCACUGUCCACCAUCCAGUCUUACAGCAACACCUUCAACAUGCCCUUCGUGAGCAUCGGAUCAACACAGAACUUCACGACGACCCCAGGUUUCCAGUUGUUCGUCCGCCCGUCCUUCAUGGGGGCGGUGGUCGAUCUGCUUCACUACUAUGGAUGCAAGAAGGCCGUGUACAUCUACGACUCCGAUGAAGGUUUGAUGCGGAUCCAGGAUCUGUUCCAAUCCUUGAACACGAGGGACUUACUGAUAGAUCUAGAUGUGAGGAGGAUAAACUCACUCCCGGUCUCCAAAGACGUCAUGGGUAUUCCAGUUGGAGUUGACCAUAUGAGCAAAGGAGACACCACCCAGAAGAUAUUUUACAUCAUGGACUUUGAACAACUCGAUGUCCUGGGCGUCAUCCGCUAUUUGAGGAAAGAACACAUCAUGUCUGGGAUUGAUCUGAAUAUUAUAGCCGUUGCCUUGGAUUUGGUACCAGUGUCGUCCUCCAACACAGACCUGUCAUGUACCAACAUAUCGGGCUUCCAGCUGGUGUCGGACGGGUCAGGACGUCACGUGAUAGGUCCUCAUGAUUCAGUAGUGAUAGAUCCCAUGAAGAGCACGGAAGCAUUGUUGGUUGAUGCUGUGGACGUUGUGAGGACGGCUGUAGAGGAGGUGGAGAGAGUCAAUCCCGGCUGGUUGAUGGAGAGAAGCAAACAAUUAGACAGUCAAGUGAAGUGCACAAACUUUGUCGUGGACAAAACCACCCAUGGGCAGACUCUUAUGGAGCAUCUGAGACAGGUUCAGUUUGAUGGUCAGACUGGAAGAGUGACAUUUGACGAAAACGGAAAAAGGAACAACUUUGCCUUGGAAAUAUUUGAAUCUACUAGCGGUGAAGCAAACAAAAGGAUCGGCAAAUGGCACCCAGAACGAGGCUUACGAAUGACCUCGAGCUGGAACAUAGAGAAGACGGUCAUUUUACUUAUCAAUAACACUCGUCCGGUACAUUUUGUACAAAAAUCGGAAUAAAGGUUCAAACGUCAA